CCGCCACUGCCACUGCCGCUCCACGCUCGGCGACCGCCGCCGCACCAGCCAGUGACCACGGCCGGUCCGCGCACAUCUCUCAACUACUAGUAUCUGUCAUAAGAAAUACUUUUGGGCCCGUUGCCAUCGUAACAGUGUUCGAAUACAGUGAAGUGAAGUUAUAAAUUAAUAAUAAAAGUAGAGCUGUUUAUCUUAUAGUGAGUCGGCCGCUACGACAGUCCCUCCGCAAUCUGAUGUGCGCCGCGCGGUACGUACGGUGCCAUGGGUUCGGAUCUUUCACCGCACGUAAAAGAUUUGUAAAGCGUUUAAAUUAGGAUGCGUAAAGUUUGACUAAAGUCGUCCGUCUUCAUAGUUUUCAUUCAAAAAACAUUUUCAUAAGCGAUAGACACCCGCAGAAACGGUGCGUUUUGCUGAAUGUGAUCGUGUGUCUGAGUGAAUUGAGUAUUGAGACAUUCAGCUGAGAGUUUGGAUAAGGACACAGUUUCAUCUACCUGGAAGUUUUGCUCGUAAAUUAUAAUCAAAAUGGAGAACGCGACGUCACUGGGACGCGCCGGCGAGGAGCAACGCGACAACGAAAACGGUAGAGGUGCGGUGAGUGGCGCAGGCGACGCGGGCGCCGGCGAGGAGGCGCUGCAGCUCGUGAAGAGCGAGGACCGCGCGGGCGGGGCGGGCGGUGGAGGGGGCGCGGGCGAGCAGGCGGGCAGCGAGGGUGCCCAGGGCGGGGCAACAGGGGCAUCGGGCGGAGGAGGGGGCGAGCCGCACUCUGUCAUCACGUCCCGCCGCGCCCUGCGAACCAUCACCGCGGCCGGCCAUAUCGCCGAUGCCGCCGACCUGCCGCCCGACGACGGCGUCAAGGACGAGCCAGCAGAGACGUCACUCGACUCCGAGCACAUGCAGUACGCGGCAAAGAUGGAGGAGAACGCCGAAACGCGAGCCGCGCACCACGCCUACGACGAGGAGCGGCUGCGGCUCGCCGAGGCGGAGACGGCGCGCUACCUCUCCUUUAAGCAGGAGCCAUAUCGCGGGCUGCCGGCCGCCGCACCCGCGGACAAACGCCCAGGAGCGCAGUACGCGCGCGCGCCGCGGCCCGCUUACAGCCGUGGUCUGGCCCUGCGGUACGGCGCGCCGCAUCACAUUAUAGUGGCGCAGGAUGGCGAGCCAGACGACCACUCUCACGAGGCAUUCUCGAUCCAUAAAGACAAAAGCGAGCAGAUGCAAGCGUACGUGGCGUCGAGCGAGGCGAGCGCGGCAGAGGCGCGACAGUACGCGGCAGCGCUUGGCGACCAACAGGGCCCCGGCGCGCUCGAGAUGAUCCAGACGACCUCGUUGAACAACCAGCAGGCGGUCGGCGUUGCUUAUCAGCAGGUGAAGUACGAGACGCGCGGCGAGCCCGAGCCGCGGCCGAGUACGUAUGCGAGUCUGCAGCCGGUAACGUCGGUACACGGCGGGUACGCAUACGCCGGACAAAGUCCGCAGUAUGCCGCGAGUGGCGCUUACGGCGCGUACGGCGGGGGCAAGGAGCUGCUGACUCUGUACGGGGGAGCGCCGGCGGGCGGCGGGUCGGGCGCUGGCGGCACAGGCGGGCGCGGAGAUGAGUCGCCGCCGGGCCAGCUGCUGUACCGCGCGGACCCCACGCUGACCUCGUCGUCGUUGCCGCGCGGGGCGCACGUCGUGUACGGCUCGGUGGUGCCGCAGUCGCAGGCCGUGUACGAGGCACCCCCCAGUCCCAACUCUCAGCAAGUGACGCUGUACACGCACGGGAGCGCGGUGCAGUACAAGGUGGGCGGCGAGCACUACCUGACGCAGGGCGGCGUGGGUGGUGUGGGCGGUGUAGGUGGCGUGGGUGGCGUGGAGUACGUGCCAGUGUCGGGCUAUGAGGGCGGGCUGUUAGUGGAGAGCUACGCGGCGCCCGCGCAGCCCUGGCCCGCGCAUAACCUGCUGCCCAUCGACGACGGCUUCGACCCCGGUAUGGCGGGCAUGGGCGAGGUGAAGGAGUGUGUGAACUGCGCGGCGGCCACCACGCCGCUGUGGCGGCGCGACGGCACUGGACACUACCUGUGCAACGCGUGUGGCCUCUACACGCGCAUCAAUGGCGUCAACCGGCCGCCACUGAAGGGCCAGAAGGCGAAGCCUCAACAGGCACUGCCGACGAACGGCAACAGACGAGUGGGCGUUACAUGCGCCAACUGCCGCACCUCCAAUACGACGCUGUGGAGGCGCAACAACAACGGCGAGCCUGUCUGCAACGCGUGUGGCCUCUACUACAAGUUGCACAAUGUCAACCGGCCCCUCAGCAUGAAGAAGGACGGCAUCCAGACGCGCAAGCGGAAGCCGAAGAGCAUGGGCGGAGGACACGGCGUGCCGCGGCCCGGCGGCGGUCUCUCAGCGGAGGCACACUCGCACAAGGUACUGCCGCCGCUGUACGCGGGCGUAGAGUGCGCGGCGGGCCCGCUGCUGCUGCUGCCCGCCGCGCGCCACCAGACCGACGCGGUAUCAGCGCUAGAGCGUGCGCCAGGCGCCACCUCGCACUACCGCCCGCCCUAAGCCGCGACUGCCGCCCGUCGCAACAAGCUAGCCACGCGUUCUGGUCGCAAGUCGCCUUUGUGAAAAUACUAUAAGACAUUUCCCAGUAAACUUAAUAAACCUACAUAGCUAGGAGUCUCCGCUCGCAAUGUGCGCGCGACUCCUGGCAGCCGCCGCGGCCGGACAGCUGCCUCUUGCCAUUGAACAAAGUUAACUUGUGUCGUAGUUAUAUGUGAACAAUUAGACAAACUUAGGGUUUAUGUUAAGCAUAUUGUUAAUGAAGUAAGCACAAAGUGCUUCAAGUCAAACUUUUAAAAAGUGUGAUAUUGAAAGCCGUAAAGUUCUUUGAUCACAUUAGUCGCACUCUUUGU